CAACGUCAAGAUGUAAUGAAAACAAGAUUGUUGCCGCGUUCGUCAUUCGACCCCUUAUCAACGAAUUUUAAUCAAAGCGAAACUAAUUACAAUUGUAGAUAAGAUGUAUUACCUAAUUUAAUCGCUUACGCUGGGGGCAUAGCGCACGUCGCCAUUACUGUAAAAAUGGCUGGUUUAGUGACGAAAAAGAGCGGCUUGCUCGUGAAGUUAAUUAAAAAUGUGAAUGAUUGCACAAAACGGUUGUCUUCUCACUUCAUUUACUAUCCUGACAAUGAGAAACCCGUGGAAGGUGAGACCGCCAAGAUGAAUAUGAUGCAAGCCAUCAACAAUGCUAUGGACAUCACGUUGAAGAAUGACCCGACCGCCGUGCUGUUUGGUGAAGAUGUGGCUUUUGGAGGAGUCUUCCGAUGUGCACUUGGGUUACAAGAGAAAUACGGCAAAGACCGAGUGUUCAACACGCCGCUCUGCGAGCAGGGUAUCGCAGGGUUCGGUAUCGGGCUCGCCACGGCCGGAGCCACGGCCAUCGCGGAGAUACAGUUCGCUGACUACAUAUUCCCUGCUUUUGAUCAGAUAGUAAACGAAGCAGCAAAAGCCCGCUACCGCUCCGGCGGUCAGUUCGACUGCGGCGCCCUGACGAUACGUACUCCGUGCAGCGCGGUGGGGCACGGCGGCCUGUACCACUCACAGAGCCCUGAGGCAUUCUUCGCACAUGUACCUGGACUUAGGGUCGUAGUUCCUCGAGGUCCCAUAACUGCCAAGGGUCUGUUGCUGUCCUGCAUCAAAUCCCGUGACCCUUGCCUGUUCCUGGAACCCAAGAUACUGUACCGAUCAGCUAGCGAAGAGGUGCCGGUAGAAGAUUAUACCCUGCCACUUGGGAAGGCACAGGUUUUGAGGGAAGGUGAUGCAGCCACACUAAUAGGUUGGGGCACACAGAUACACGUGCUGCUGGAAGUGGCGCAACUCGCUGAAGAAAAGUUGGGAGUCAAAUGUGACGUCAUUGACCUACAGUCUAUCCUGCCCUGGGAUGAGGAGACUGUUUGUAAUUCCGUUAAGAAGACAGGUCGUUGUCUGAUCUCUCACGAAGCGCCUCUCACGUCAGGAUUUGGCGCCGAACUUGCCGCUACUAUUCAGGAGGAAUGUUUCCUACACCUAGAGGCGCCGAUCUCCCGCGUGGCGGGCUGGGACGCUCCCUUCCCACAUGUCUUCGAGCCAUUCUACCUGCCCGACAAGUGGCGAUGCUAUGAAGCACUCACACAGAUGCUCAAAUACUAACCUCUACAGUUCAUAUGGAAGAUAAUCAUCAGUUUUAAUCAAUAAAUUAUACAAAUUAUA